AAAACUUGCCUACUAAACUUCCAAACACACCUAAAACUUAUAGCACUCAGAACUCGUGAGUCGUCCCAGAAGGAAGCCUUACAGGAAGUUUGGAGUGAUCAAACCGGUUGCACAGACAGACAGAGAGACACAGACAAAGAAAUCCCAUGACAGAGGAAGGGAAACCAGAUGCACAGCUUUUCCACCUUCUCUCAAGUCUCCUCCACGAGGUUGAAGCACUGACAAAUCAAGAAGAAGUUGAACUGCGUUCUAAAAUUGAAACCCUUGGAUUAGAGGUUACAAAAGUUCCUCAACAGUCAACCAAGCAGCUUAAUGAGUUGGAAAUAGCCAAGGAACUGGAUAGAUUAUCAGCAAAAUUGGAUGAUGUGGAUGAGAUGAUAUCGACAACCAUGGCUUCAGAUCCACAGGUGCAGUCACUCUUGAGUGGUACUGCUGAUUUGUGGAUGCCGGUCAUCACUGCUACCUCUGAGGAAAGACGUAAAUUUGCAGCUUCUACUGGAGACACCACCACCGAAACAGAUGGGGAACCCUCUAAAUAGUUACCUGUUUUCCAGUCAUUAAAUAAAGGAUAUGUUUAUAGGGUUUUAUAUAUGUUUUUAUGAUAAACUGACAUACAUCUAGAAAGUGUUUCUUUGUAUUUCCAUUAAAUAAGAGAUUGGUUAUAUUGUUAAUAGCAAAAGAUGAUAGUGGAAAGACCGUUCAUUGAAAUUUUAAGGCAUUCAAACUUAGCAGAA